UUUAAUAACCAGGUUAUGAUUUAUCUGUUAAAAUCAAUCUUGACUGAAAAAGAACUUUCAUAGUUCGUAUCAAGCUUCGAAUUUUCAUAUUGUGUAUUGAUCAGUUAACUAUUCAUAAGUUCAUAAAUCAUCUACUCAUAAAUUAUAAACAGUGUAGAAAUGGAUUCAAACAGACUGGUUGCGAGGGACCCCCUCACUCGGAACUACUACGGGGGUGCCCCCCUAGACUACAGCUACACCCCCCAAUAUGCACAGUACACUCAGUCAACUUACACGCAAGGAGGGAUCGGGGGCAGAGAUAAUCUUUACUAUGGAAAUCAACAACAACAUCAUCAACAACAACAUCAACAACAACAUCAACAACAACAGACGAGCAGAGCCCAUUCUAUGCCCCAAAUCAUGGCCCAACAGCAUGUUGGAAUGGGCAAUAUGAGUCAUCAGUAUCAGCAGAAGAUGAGCUACCAGAACACUCCGGCGACUCAUGGCAGUUCAGGAUUUUCCAAGCGGAUGUUGAUGAAAGAACAGAAACAGGUGAUGCAACUGAGACAAGAAGCGAAGCUGAAUCGACUGCCACUAUCCCAGACAAUUCCCUCAUUAGUGCACUAUUGCCACUCCAACAUGCAGUCAGACCCCUUCUUGAACGGGUCUCUAAAGGACACCAACCCCUGGGUGACAAAGAAGAGCAUGUGUAAAGUGCUGUGAUCGGAAAAUUGACACCACAAAAAAGUAGUCACAAAACUGGAAACUAGAAAAACACUCUUUCAAUAUAAAAAUUAUAA